UGCUGGAGUGACCUCUUGACAACAUCUUUCCCUCGAUUAAUUUGGUCAACCAAUAAAAACACACACACACGUUUAACACGUUUAAUACACGACAGGAUCGAAAUGACAUCAGCAGCCGAAAAGAAGCUUAACCUGGAGCGGGCCACAAACUUCAUGCGACAGUACCGAGACCCGCAGUCCCGUGAACUCAAGAAGUUGUCCGCCAACCAGUUCAUGGAGGUCUGGAGUCAUUACGACAAAGACGGCAAUGGGUAUAUAGAAGGGACGGAACUAGAUGGGUUUUUGAGAGAAUUUGUAUCCAGUGCCAACGCAGAAAACGUCAGCCCUGAGGCGGUGUCAGACGCCAUGUUGGUGGAGCUGAAGCAGUGUUUCAUGGAGGCAUACGACGACAACCAAGACGGCAAAAUAGACAUAAGAGAGCUUGCCCAGCUGUUGCCGAUGGAAGAGAACUUCCUAUUGCUCUUCCGUUUCGAUAACCCUCUCGAAUCCAGCGUUGAAUUCAUGAAGAUUUGGCGAGAAUACGACACAGAUGGGAGUGGAUACAUUGAAGCUGAUGAACUAAAGAACUUUCUACGAGAUCUGUUGAAGGAAGCGAAGAAGAUUAAUGAUGUGUCCGAGGAUAAACUCAUUGAGUACACUGACACCAUGCUUCAAGUAUUUGAUGCCAACAAAGAUGGACGACUUCAACUUUCAGAAAUGGCUAAGCUGCUACCUGUGAAGGAAAACUUCCUAUGUCGGCAAGUGUUUAAGGACGGGAUGGAAGGUGCCACGAAGUUAACUAAGGAUGAUAUUGAGAGAGUCUUUUCCCUCUACGAUAGGGACAACAACGGAACGAUCGAGAAUGAGGAGCUAAGAGGAUUCUUAAAGGAUCUCCUUGAACUUGUAAAGAAGGACUACGACGCACAAGACCUCCACGAGUUCGAGGAAACGAUUCUACAAGGAGUCGACUACAACCAGGACGGGAAAAUAAACAAGAAAGAGCUCACAAUGAUAUUGUUGGCACUGGCCAAACACAAUCAAGAAGAAGAGACCAGCGCAUAAGCUUAUCCGUAAACGGAUUUGUGAACAUACAAGAGCGGUUCCGGUUCCGCCACGUGUCCAGCUUGAAUGUCGUCAUUGUUUCAAGGCCAUCUGUCCCAGAACCGGAUUUUUGCAUACUCAAAGACUGGUGAUCCCGGGCCUGUUCUCGCGUUUUUAUUUCAUAUUAUCGGUAGAGUAAAAGUAGUAAGCGGAUGCCAAAUAUUGUGGGUAGUCCAUUAGGGACAGGAAGUAAAACAGGAAGUAAACUAUUCUUCAGAGACACCUUCAACAAGACAUAUUUCUGUGACCAUCCAACUUAAGUGUUUAUACUGGUACCUACUACCCCUCAUAUAAAAACAACAGCAUUUUUCGUAAGGCUAGUUACAUUGUUACUUCUGUAUAGCCGAAAUACCCCGUAUAAAAGCAUAAUCUGAUCAUUUCUUUUCCAUGUCAAUAUUCUCUGUAAUUUAAUUUUGAUUUUUCACAAAAGAGAACAACUGUGUUAAAACGUGUUAAAUAUUCAAAUAUUUAUUUUUAGAGAACAUAUCAAUUUGAAUAUAUCCAAACUACAUUUAUUUUUGUAUAGGUCUAUUUUUUUGUAAUCAAUAGUUCCAGCUGUGUUUUUUUUAACUUAUUUGCUGUACUAUUAACCUGAACGUAAACAAAUAAACUGUUGGUUAACUAAUUAGGAUUAACAAAGGAAGGAGGUCGUUAUGGAUUCAGUCUCUCUGCUUGCCAAACCUGUACAUCCAAUGUCAACAUAAAAUAUUGAUAGUUAUAUAUAGUACUGUAGAGUGGAAGUUAUGCACGUAUGUUCUUUACCUAAUGCACUUUAAGGCUUAUAUUCACAAGCACAUGUUUGCUCACAUACUCUUCUGAAAAGGGAUUAGACUAGUACUUCAUUCAUCAAACUUAAAACAAUUUUAGAAAAGCCAAUAAAUAUACAACAUAACUUAUUCACACUAUUUUUUUACGAUUUCACUUUCUCUAGUUUCAUAUUGUUUAAAACACUAUUAUUAGAUGAUGAAUCCUUAUCUAAAAUAACUCGCAGUAGGCAGACUAACUAGCCUACAACAAUAAAGUAUGUAUAAGAAAUAAAAACAAAAUAAUAUUUUUGUUAAGUAUAAAUGAUUUUUAUUAAUGAUAUUUAUAAUACAGUAGGCCUAUGUGAUUUUCAUAUUUAUGUUUCCAAUAAAAUUAAACUGCCUACAAGCCGCAAUGAAUACUACUUAUUUAUGAUGCUUUGUACUGAUUUUACAAAAGCAUACUAAUCCUAAUCUUACAUACGACUAUUUCAUCUUUAGUGCGUACCAGACUUAGGCAUUUUAACUUUGUAUAAGUAUCUUAGCUUAGAAGUCUUGACAAUUCUCCUGUAGGAAUGUAGAAGGUUUGUGGCAAAAAAAAUAAGCUGGAACACUUUAAAGCCUAAUAGAAAAAUCUAACAUAUGAGGGAAUAUUUGUUUUUUAAACGCACAAUUUCUUACGAUCGCUGGGUAUUUUUUGCUAGCUGAGCAAUAUGAUUACAAAAUUCUUACCACGCGUGUUAUACUCGUAUUUAACAUGAUCACGGAUUUUGUACUUCCACAAGAAACGUUUGUGACUGAUAUAUGCCAGAUAAAUAAAUUGUAUGAUGUUUUAAAAUCCUUAAUCUUAUUGUAUGGUUGCCAAAAUCAUUUUAUAGUUUAGAAAGUUUAGAUUGGGUUUUAUUUUAAAAAUUUAUAAAUAGACUUGUGUAUAUAUUUAAUAUUUUAUAUUGAUGUUAUGAGUGUUAUCGUUGUUUAGCAUAGUUUAUUUGGGAAUGCUUAUUUAAAGAUAAAUAGAGUGUAAUUAUAAGUUAAUAAUUUAAAGCUAUAUUUCUGAUUUUUACGCAUCUGGAUGCUCUUUUGUCGUAACUGUGAUAAGUGAAAUUUUGACAUGUUUCUUUAGUUCCUAUAAUUAUAGUUUUACAAAUACAUAAUUGACAAAUCAUAUUCAGCCAGUUGAAUAAAACGAUUGUAUAGGCCAAGUCCAUGUUUCGAAACUGGCAGUUAAAAAACCAUUUUUAGAAUACACACCCUUAACAGGUAUGCAUUCUACUAAAACCAAUAUCCGAAACAUAAAAUACAUAAAUUACUUUUUAAAUGUGUAUAAAUUGUUUUUAUCUUAGCAACAGUUAAAAUUGUUAGUUUUAACGAAUAUCUUAGAGUCUGUUUACAGUCCAUUAUAUUAGUUUUGGGGUUAAAGAUGAUUAAUUUUAGAUAUCUCUGUUAAGCUUUGGACUUUAUGGAUUUGUUUGAAUAAAACGUAAAAAGAUA